ACCCCACCCACCUUAGACUCCAUUCUCAGAACCAACAAGCAGCCUAGCCUAGCUCAAUCAGCUCUGAGCUAGCUAUAGCUUGCCGACGACUACUCAGCAACCGCCCCAUCCAGAGCUAGCUACUACUCUCCAAACUCUUUGAGAUCAUCGAUCUGAUACAUGGCCAAGGUUCACCCUAACGUGGUGGUGCCCGCGCGGGGCGCCGGCGAGCGGGCGGCGGCAGAGGAGGAGCCGACGACGGCGACGACGGUGCUGACGGUGUGGCGCAAGUCGCUGCUGUUCGACUGCAAGGGGUUCACGGUGUUCGACGCGAGGGGCGACCUGGCGUACCGCGUGGACAGCUACGCGUCGGAGUCGGGGGACGAGGUGGUGCUCAUGGACGCCGCGGGCCGCCCGGCCUUCACCGUCCGCCGCAAGCGCUCCUUCAGCGGCCAGCAGUGGCUCGUGUUCGCGGGCGAGGAGACCCGCCGCCCCGUCUACUGCGUCCGCCGCAGCGGCGCCCGCGGCGGGAAGACGCUGGCGCACGUCACCCCUUGCUGCGCGAGCGGAUCCGGGGAGCUUUCGUCGUCGGGUUACGAGGUGGAAGGGUCGUACGCAAAGCGGAGCUGCGUGGUGUACGACGGGGAGAGGCGGGCGGUGGCGGAGGUGAGGCCCAAGGAGGAGGUGGUCGGCACGGACGUGUUCCGGCUGGCCGUGCACCACCAGCCGGGGAGCGGCGUAGGCGUGGCGCUCGCCAUGGCCGUCGUCGUCGCGCUCGAGCAGAUGUUCGCCGGGCCCUCGCUCCUCAGGAGCUGGUCUUCCGCCUAGAUGAUUAGCUGAUGCUACUAGCUAUGUUUAUUUAUUCGUUUCUUGUAUUUUGAUGAUCUAGUCAAGCUAUAGGCUUCUUUUUUGCCCCUUGCGCCUGCCUGCGGUUGGGGUUAUGGAUUUUGUUGUGAGAUGGUGAAAAUCGAUCCAUUGUGUGCGGGCAUGGGAGCAGAGCUCGAUCUCUCUGUUGUUCCUUGAUGCCCCACAAAGCGUACAUAUACAAAAUUGAGGUUUUUUGGGUUCAUGAAAGUCCUCACUCCUAGCUACUGUCGACAGCAUGCCAUGAAUUAUGUUACCUUAGAAUUC